GAGGAAAGAACAGAGUGGUGGAGACAACACAAGCCAGUAGUCGACCACAGAGCUCCUUGACUGCCUCCUCCUCCUUUCUUUCUUUAUAUUACAUAUAUUUACGCCAACGUCGGCACAAAGCAUUUUAUCGACCGCCGCAUUUCCAUCGUCCCUAUACGUAUCUUCAGUGAGUGGUGCAUUGAAGUACACCGCCCUACACAUUCCGCUUUUCCUUUAGAUUCAGGUGUUCUGUCACUUGGUAGAAUUAGAGUUCUAUUUUCUUUGUUUGUUGUCUCUUUUUUUCGUUUCUCUGCUCGCUGAACAGCGUUGAUUGUCUUCCUCCUCUUGUUCUUUUGAGGACCACCAGCUUGUUUCUCUUCCGCUCUUCUCUCCUUAGCCCUUCAUCGCAUCGUGAAGUUCACGUAGCGCUCAUGGCGUCGCAUCGCUCUAUAGAGCGGGAUGGCGAGUACACACCGUACAGCGUGCGCCCCUCUCCCUCUCCGGACCCCUCAAAGCUGCCGUCCAGUGCGUCUGACAGGCGUGCCGCGUGCGAGGGUGACGUCUACGUGGUCAACGCCAUGAGUGGCGAGCGCUUCCACCUCACCGUGACCUUACAAGGACCUUUUCACCCCCUCACCUCCGUCACCCACGCGUCUCUUCAACGCACGGUGCGCCAAAUCCUUCUUGCGUCCUCCAGCACCGCUGCCGCUGCCGCUGCCGCAGCGACGGAGCCGCCACCGACGCUGCUGCUGGAAGGCAUGCCGCUCGACGAGAGCACCACCGAGACGCUGCCAAACAACGCAGUUAUCGUGGUGCACCGCGGGGUGUCGGUGGCCGGUGCACCGCCCCUCCAUCGCCGCAGCCGCACGCCGUCGCAGCCGGCGGAUGGCGGUAUCGCGGUGGUGGAGGUGCUGUCCGGCUCACUGCCGCGUUCCCCGACGGCGCGGGCGGUGUCGAUGCCCGCUUUGCGACCGCCCAGCGCGUGCAACACGGCACAGAAAGCAAAAGCAGCAGCAGCAGCAGCGAGUCCGACGAGGACGUCCCCAACGACGACCGCACCCUCUCCACGGCUACCACCCCGACACGCCAAUGGUCACGCCGCAGGAAGCAGCGCGGCCAAACCGCCUGGGGCGGGGUCCUCCACGCGGGCCCCAUCAUCAUCACAAAUUCCAUCUUCCACGCGCACACGAACCAGCGGUGCGAAGCCAAUACCUUCGACGCCAGGCGCAACGCGCAGCGGACCUGAUUUCGCCUCAAACAGAGUCGUCAAGGCCAGCGCGACGCCGCCUCCGCCGCCCAACAAAUGUCUUUUAAAAUCCCUGCGCGAGGCAGGGGCGGCGGACGAGGAGGGGGAGGAGGGGGAAUACGUUGCCUGCCCGCCGUCCGUGGCCUCCCUCGCGAAGCCGCUUGGUGUGCUGCAGGGCAUCGGCGUCUCCGCCGCGACGGGGUCAGCGCCGUCGUCGAUGGAGCAGAUGGCAAGUCUUCCAUCAAUUAGUGGCGGCACGCAGGCACCAGCGGACCGGGCCUCCACGGCGGCGCACACCCCCUCUACUUCGAAGAGUUCCACGGCUUCACCGCCGCCUUCUCCCCUUCAUUUCUCUCCCAAGCCAACGCCGGUGACCAGUCUCGUCGCGAGCCCACCACAGCAUAAUAAUAGUACUACAAAUUAUGCUUCGAGCAACACCAUGGAGUGCCCGUGGGACCGCAGCAAGCCACCGCCCGUAGCGGUGUUUCUGCCCUCCUCGCCACCGUCCGCCUCUUCACCUUCGCGUCCGUCGACAGCCUUCACAUCACCGGCGUUCAGUCAGACGUCGCCACCGUCGGCGCUCCUGCGCUCCCCACCGCCGCCGCAGCCCCCAACGCGUGUGUCUGGCGUGGAGACACGCGGCGAUAAGCCGGUGUUAGCGCUGUCUGCUGCGUCUCCCUGCCGCGCUGCACCGAUGGCGCCGGCCCCUGCACCCGCCGUUGCGAGCUCUGCGCUCUUCCACACACCGCGAAGGGCGGCGACGGCACACGGCGUCACGCCAGGACUCAGCACACAGCAGGAUUCUUCAGCAGCAGCACCAGCUUCAGCACUAUCCUCGUUUACAACCGUACCUCCGCCUCCGCUGCCACCGCACGACAGCGCCGCGGCAGACAAGUCUCAGCGCCUGCGUGGCAGCGUCGACGCGCUCCAGGCGGCCUACGACGCGCAGAAAGAUGCCAUCGUGAGCGCCGCCGCGGCGGAACAGCAGCGCCUCCUCACGCGGCUGCAGCGGCACUGUCACGCGCUGGAAGCGGAGAAGGCGGAGCUGCUCGCGGCGCGGCUGGCCGGGCUGCGAGCGCAGGAGUCGGCGUCGCGACUGCGGGUGCUGCGAACCGCCCAAGAGGAUGCCGUGUCGCACGAGAUCGAUGCCGCGCGGGCCCGCCUGGGUCAGUAUCGUGAACAAAUCUUAGAUCACUGGCUGCGUGUUCUGCACGGCCACAACGAUCAGCACUACGCCAUGUCGCAAGAGUUGCUGAGGGAGCUAGAGACGGAGGGGGAGCAACUCUCCUUGCGUUGUCUCUCUGCGAUCGCUGCGUAUCACACCCAGAAGGCUCGUCUGCAGGCGCUGCAUCAACAACAGGUGCGGAAGGAGGCGGAAGUCGCGCAGCUCAAGUGGGACGCGCACGUGCGGCGCUGCACGACGGAGGAGUUGCGCGGGUGUCUGCGCGUCGUGGCCCGCGUGCGACCGCCGCUGCGACGGCCGUGGCUGCCGGACUGGGUGUUGGCGUCUGCCGAAGAGGAGGAGUUCGAUCGCGGGUACGCUGUGCAGGUCCCGUUGGCAGCUGCGACCACCUCGACGAACAACAUCCCGAAAGACCAGACUACUACUACUACUGCUGCUGCUGCUCUGCCGCGCUGUGUCGAGGUGGUCGACCCCUCGCGUGACGUGCGCCGGCGGUUUUCCCUUUACGCCGCUUACGACAGCAGGAGCGGCACCGAUGGCCUUGCCCAGCAGCGUCUCUUCAAGGAGCAGCUGCAGCCCUUGUUGGAGCACAUGUGCCGCACAGGGCAGCGCGUCGCGGUGCUGGCCUUCGGAGCCGUGGGCAGCGGCAAGACCUACACGCUGAUCGGUCCUUCAGUAGAGCCACCGCCCGCACCGCCAUCCCGCACGUCGCGGCAGCAACCACGGCAGUCGAAGGGCGACGCCACCGCCGCGCCAAAUGCGGCCACGCAAGGCACCACGUCGGCGAAAGCGAGUUACAGCAGCCGCUACAGUGAUAGCGCGUUGUCGUUGUCAACCGUCGAGGACGAGAAGCACGAGGAGCACGACGUCGAUGUAAAAGGUGGGGGACCUUUGCCCAGAAAAGUUGGCAAUGAAGCAGUCCUUUCCGCAAGAGAGCGACAUCCGCAUGGCUUGACAGGCGUCGGGAACCCACCUCGUCGCGGCAUCACGCGCUGCCUCGACCCCGCCGACGAAGAGAUGGAGAUGCGUGUGCUGCAGUCGGUGGCGCAGGCGGAGGAGCGGGACCGGGGUCAGCGCAGCAGCGAGCGACACGCCCGUGAAGAGCGCCGCUGGCGUGCCCAGGCGGGGAUCGACGAGGAGGACGGUCUGCUGCCGCGUGCCGUGGCCUGGCUGACGGCGCAUCUGCGCGCAAACGUGGUUGCUCGCACCAAGGCGUCUGCUGGGCCGAUCGUCGAGUCGGUUGUCUUCUCGAUGUAUGAGGUGUACAACGACCACGUCUACGACCUCCUGCCCACUCUACCCACCACGGCGUCUGUUGCACAGCAGGAGCAGAAUGAAGAGGAGGGGGAGGGACACAGAGCACGGCGUGUGGUAUUCGACCCGUCCACGUGGCCCCGCUGGAAUGCCGGCUGGCUUCCUGCGCCGCACAUCAAGAACAGCAACCCAGAACAGCUGACGGAGCUGCAGGUGGAGCUGGUGCCGCCGACCCGGCGAGACAGCAAGGAUGCCGCAGCGGCGCUCGCACAGCUGCAGCAGCAGCGGACGCCCACACAGUCGCAGUGGCGUGUGAAAGCAAGCGAGGUCGAGGUUCGCUCCGCCGCGGAGGCGUUGCAGGCCAUUCAGCUCGGCAUGCAGCGCCGACGCUCCGCUGCGACGCUGCGCAGCACGCAGUCCAGCCGCAGCCACUUGUUUCUGCGCUUCCGGGUUGAGGUGCAAAGACCUGCAGCGCCGGAGAAGGCGUCGGCUGCGGCGGCAAAAGCGUCUCCUCCAGUAAUCCCUUCUGCCUUUGGGGCAGCACCAGGAGGGGUGCUAACUGGCGGCGCCGUUGGCGAUGACCUCCCUGCUGAAAACAUCACGCAGCUCGACGUUGGGCAAGAGGCCACGAAACCGAAAGGCUACCACUUCCUCCAUGCAUCGCUCAUGCCUUCUUCGGAGGCGAGCGCAGCGGCUUCAGCGAGUGCGUCUGCUGCUGCUGCUGCUGCUGCGCCCGCGCCGACGUGUGUGACGGAGCUCCUCUUCACGGACUUCGCCGGCAGCGAACGGGUUGAGCUGGGCGGUGCUGCCGGGGACUCGCUGAAGGAAACCCAGUACAUCAACGCUAGCCUCAGCUCGGUGAAGGACGUGCUGAUAGCACUCGCGCGCGCCGACCCGUGCCGCGAUGCCGCGGACGGCUGCGACGGUGCUUCUGCGGCUACACAAAAGAACCAGGGGGGUUCCACCCACGCAACGGCAGGGGCGGCGGCGUCCUUGGCGGAGCGGUGGGGCGCGCUGAUCAGCCGGCCCGGCGUGUCCUUGUCCCGCAGCCCACCCGUGUUUCUGCAGCCGCGCUUUUCAAAGCUGGACGCGGGCGGCCGCUUCGGCGUGUCGUCUUCUGUGCAGGACGGCGGCACCGAGCACGGCCUCCCGCUGCGGCGCCGUGUUCUGUCGUUGAUGGACACGCACGUGGCGGGGCAGGGCGCCGCGCAGUGGUGGCGCAGCUGGCGGGCCUCGUCCCCGCACAUCCCGUUUCGCACGUGCAAGACGACGCAGCUGCUGCAGUCCGCGCUCGGGGCGCCGUGCAAGACGCUCGUGCUCGCCUGCGUCCGGCCGUGCACGGUGGCAGAGGUGGUGCUGCCGGCCAGCAUGCAGCACCAAAGAGGGAGGCGCGCGCGUGAGCUGGCGCUCUCGCUUUUCGACCACCAGGCGCCGAUCAUCUUGGCGGAGGCGCACUCCACCUUGCUCUUCGCCGAUCGCAUUAACACCGCCACGCAUGAGAGCAGCACAGCAGCGCCCGCGCGUGUGUAA